AUGUUGGAGAUCUACGACUCUUGGAGAGUCGGUGACGACGCUUCUCCUGGGCUCUGGGCUCGUGUUGGGUUAUGGUUCUUCCUUUCUAGCUGCUUGAGGCCGUGGCUAGUGGUUGGGUUUGUGGCUGAUUCGUGUCUAAAGACGGGUGGUGUUGCAUUCUGUCGUCCAUGCCUCGUCGUGUUUCUUCGGGUGUUGAGCAUGGUUCGAGUCCCUUCGAGUAGGAGUAGCUGA